GGUCUCAAUUUCCUCCAUCGACGAAACGCUGAGCGUAUAGUCCCGCCCCCAACUUACUUUUGUUCUAUCCUUUGCAAGCACUUACAACACAACACCUCCGACUUUCUAAACUUUCAAGAACACUCAGAAUGGUUCAAAUCUCCAUCCGUGUCCUCCUCGCCGCCGCCGUUGCUGCCCCUGCCCUUGCCAGUGUUAUCCCUCUCGUCGAGGAAGUCGAUGCUCGCGACGUUGCCACACAAGACGAUCUCUUUGGCCGUGCUGUUGUCGAGGUCCUAAACGACCUGUAUGGUCGAGAGGAGCUUUCUGACCUCUUCGGUCGAGACAUUGAAGAACUCACCACCCGUGACCUCGAGGAACUCUUGGAACGAGAGCUCGAGUUCGAUUUGGACGCCAGGGACUUUGUGGAUGAUGUCGAAGCCCGUCAAGAUGCACCGCCUCCUCCGCCUCCUCCCCCUGCCGCCGCCGCUGCUGGAGGUCCUGCCCCGGGCGCUGCCGCUCCUCCAGCUGAGAAGCCCAAGCAAUUGAACCUGAUGCAAAAGUUUGCUAAAUUCUUCCGUGACCUUGUGCAUCCUAAGGCUGCCGCGAAAGAGAACGCUCGCAAGGCUGGCGGUGGUGGUGAACCCGCACCCGGUGCUGCUCCGGCUCCCGCUCCCGCCGGUGGUGAAGCAACCCCGCCCCCAGCCGCCGCCCGAUCCCUCGAAGAGCCCAUCGAGCGCUCCCUUGACUUUGCCGAAGAGAUGCUCGAGCGCGAAAUCGACACUGACGUGUUCGAGCGGGACCUGUUCGACAACGACCUCUUCGAACGGGAUAUCGACACUGAGCUCUUCGGGAGGGAUUUCUUCGACGAGGAACUGAUGGGGCGCGACUUUGAUGGAGAGCUGUAUGAACGGGACGUGGAGGACCUCCUUGAGCGAUCGUUCGAGGAUGAGAUGUUGGAGCGCUCAUUCGAGUUUGACGAGCUCGAUUAAACGCUUCGUGGAUGGUUUGUGUUGUUGUAGUUUCAUAGGAUAUGGGGUAUCAAAUAAAUUAAUCUUUCUGUGCUAUACA